AUCGUCAUUCUUCCUCACGGCGCCGAGCUGGCGUCCUCUCCCCCGCCGAGCCAGCGUCUUCCCCGUCCGGCGGACACUCGGGGCAGCGACACGCGUGGUAUAGCGAGCGUUUCGAUGGCCGCCGCUCUCGACGUGACUUCCUGGCGUCCGGCAGCAGCGCACUAGUUGACGAGGCGGAGGAGCUCCGCGCACAGUGCGAAGAUGGCGUCGGAGGGAGCCAGCGGCCAGCAGCCUCCUCCGGUGCAAGCCCUCACCACGGUCGACACGAAAUGCGACUUCAACAUGGAUAACCUGAGCAAGCCGGAGCUGCUGACCCUGCUGAGCAUCAUGGAAGGAGAGCUGGAGGCCCGCGACCUGGUCAUCGAGGCCCUCAGGGCCCAGAGGAAAGAAGUGUUCCUGCAGGAGCGCUACAGCCACUACAGCCUGACCGACCCUUUCCUGGCGCUCCAGCGGGACUUUGACAGCGGCGUCCCGCGAGGCGACAAGGAGCGGCGGGCCCUGGGCUCCAGCCCCAUGUCCGUCCUGGAGGCCGUCAUGGCGCACUGCAGGAAGAUGCAGGAGCGCAUGUCGGCCCAGCUCGCCGCCGCCGAGAGCCGCCAGAAGAGGCUGGAGAUGGAGAAGCUGCAGCUGCAGAGCCUGGAGCAGGAGCACCGCAAGCUGACGGCGCAGCUGAAGGACGAGCGCGAGAAGAACAAGCACAUCGUCAUGAUGCUAGUGCGCGAGUGCAAGCAGCUGGCCACGCGCGUGGUGGAGGAGUCGCAGCGCUUCGACGAGCUCCAGGCCCGACUGGACGAGGAGAGCCGCUCGUCCGGCCGCCUGCAGGAAGAGCUGUGCGCCGAACGCCAGCGCGGCCAACAGAUGGAGGCUAAGAUGGAGAAGCAGCUGUCGGAGCUGGACACGGAGCGGGAGCAGCUGCGGGCCAGGCUGGGUCGCGAGGAGGCCGAGAGUCAGAAUCUACGGCAGCAGGUGGAUCAGCUUAGAACUGAACAGAGAGACGCAAAGGGCGGCCAAGAUGCCGCCGACACCUCCACGCCACCUACACCCACAGCUUCCGUGUGCGUGGCCACAGAACCCGUCUGCUGUCGAACGGCUUCCUGCCAAACGGACCAGCCCCUCCCUGAGGUGGAGGCUCCGAAGAAGACUCCUCUCACCAUACCCGUCAAACCGGCCCCAGGCCCGUACGCAGGCCUCAGCCUGCCAAAGACAUCCGGCAGGGGAGUCAUCCACAGUAGCUCGGGAGGACUGGCACAGACCGAGAACGGCUCGGAGGCCCAGGCCAGCCCCCACAGCGUACCCAGUGGGGUCAGCCCGCGAGUCCAAGCGGCUCGCUACAAGUUCCAGGAACAGGACCAAAACGGCACGGCCUCCCAGAGUCCUCCGGCCCGCGACCUCUCCCCGACCAACCGUGACAACUUUGCUGCCAAGCAACAAGCGCGCCACACAGUCACCCAGGUCCUGUCUCGCUUCACCAGCCCCCCUGCGGGCGGGGGUGGACCGCUAAGGCCCGGCCUGUCUCACUCUGCCUCAGAGGGCGGGCCCUUCCCCAGCCGCCUAAGCCAUCCCAUUGGCCUUAAGUCGCCUACAGUGGCCAGGAUUGACAGGGGCAACCCUCCCCCAAUCCCUCCCAAAAAACCAGGGCUCUCCCAGACCCCAUCUCCUCCUCAUCCGUCCAUUAAGGGGCUGGGGGACAGCGGCCGCUCUCAUGGGGUGGGGCUAAAACCAGCCACACCCCAGCUGCCGCCCAAACCUGCCCUGGACCUGGUACCAGCCCUGACCGCCUCUCAGGUGGGUGUAUGCCCGCUCUCUAACUCCCCGGGGCCUGGGCAACCGGCGUCAUCAGAAUGUGUCCCUGUCAUCAACCCUGCCACUGCUGUUAGUAGCCCCUCCUCCAUUAUCCCUCCUCCCAUCUCCCUCUCCAUUAGUGCUCCAUCCACCUGUAGCUCCCGUACCUCCACAGGCAGCCCCCUGGCAACAGCAUCAGGCUGGUGUCCCUCCAUAGUCCCCCCCCUUGGCGGCGGUGGGCCCGCUGCCCUGGACGGCGGGCGCCCCCUGCUCCUCCUCCAAGCUGCUUCCCAGGGAAACGUCACUUUAUUGUCAAUGCUGCUUAACCGACCCCCCCCGACCACAACCGCCGACCCCCGACGCGCCACCGCCAUGGACAACCAGCCCCCUCAUGACCACCAAGACCACCUCACUUCUGCCUUGUUUGCUGCUGCUCAAAACGGACACGCAGACUGCGUGACGCUGCUGCUGUCUUCCGGUUCGCCCGCUGACGUGUCCGACCAAAACGGAUUUACACCUUUGCACUUUGCCGCCGCCCACGCCCACAGCGGCUGCCUGGAGGCUCUGCUGGCUGCCGGAGCCUCUGUGGGCGCGGAGGCGAGCGGCGGCCAGACCGCCCUCUUCUUGGCCAGCGAGGCAGGCAGCGUCGACUGCGUCCGAUUGCUGCUGGACACUGGCGCUGACCGCUCCACAACUGUGGCAGACCAGUGCACGUGUCUGCACGCCGCAGUGCGCUCGGGCCACCUGGACACGCUGCGUCUGCUCCUGUGUCACCCCGAUGGCGCCUGCCCGCUGCUCGCCUCUCUCCUGAACCGGGCCAACGCCGACGGAUGGACGGCCGCGCACACGGCCGCCGCUCUCGGCCUGAAGGACUGUCUAGGGGUGCUCUUGAGCCACAGCGCGUUGGACAUCGAGAGGCGAGAUAAAUGUCGCCGCACCAUUCACGACGUCGCCACUGACGACUGCAAAGAUCUCAUCGAAAACCUCAACCAGUACCAGGUGCUUGUACGCCUCAGGUAUUCUGAUGGGGGCGGAGCCUAUGGUGUCCACUUCCCUGAGGGAGACGCUGGGGAGAAGCACUUGGCGCUGGGCAGAGUGUCAGUGGAACGCUCCAUGCGCUGGUCCCAGCUGGGCGCUGCCAUAGGCCACGCCUUCAACGCCCACCUCCACAUGGUGUGUGGGGAGGAUGCACAGCGCCCCCCACUGGGCCUCAGCCCCGCCAGCAUCCACUCGGUCCUUAUUGGAGGAACGGAGUGGCGGCUCGGUCAGGAUCUUCCCGUCCCGCCCUGGGAUCUGGUCCGAAAACCCCUCAGCCAGGUCAUCACCGUGCGACUAAAAGGUUUGUCCCAGUCGUGUGUGGAUGAGUUGGCUGUGGAGUCUCUCUUCCCUCUGCCGGUGCUGCUCAACUACGUGCGCUUGGUGGAACAGUACGGGAGUCUGGUCUUCCACGGGGCCGAGGGCAGCUGUCAGGACUACAUCGCCUCCCUGCUGGCUCGCUACAUCAAGUGCAAGCAGGAGGCGGGGGGGCAGGUGUGUGAGGUGGUGCAGGUGCAGGUGGAGUCCAGCCUGAGUCAGGAGCAGCUGCUGCAGACCUUGGUGUCGUGUGGCUUCCUGGCGCCCGCCUCCCAUCAUGGCCGCUGUGUGGUGCUGCUGCUGCAGGGACUGGAAAAGGCUGUGUCGCUGUCAGGCCUGCUGGGGGACCUGUGCCACAGCUUGGACAACAGGAGCUCGGCCGCCCCGCUCAUCCUCCCUGCAGGUCCACAUUACUUCUGCGAGCGCAGUUUCCUGAUAGCCACCUUGUCCAAGCCCCGCCUCCAGGGCUCGGAGCUCCGCCUCCAGCAGCACUUCCGCUGGGUGACCCUACGCUGGGACCAGGAGCCCCUGGCCGGCCUGCUGGGGCGACACCUGCGCAGGAAGCUGCUGCAGAAGACAGGAAGUGGCACCUGGUCACCUGACGGCGCCAUGGAGCGCUCGCUGGUGUGGGUCAGUCAGGUGUGGCGGCAGCUCAACGCUUGUCUGUCCCGCCUGGGAACCCACGAAGCCUUGCUGGGGCCGCAGCACUUCCUGUCCUGCCCCGUCGCCGCCGCCGACGACUCGCGGGCCGUGGUCAGGUGGUUAACUGGGCUGUGGAAGGACGUGGUGGUGCCGCGCGUGGAGGAGGCCAUCAUCGCCCGGGUAACCGCUAAGAGCUCCUCCCCCUCCUCGCCAUCGCAGAGGCUGUCGCCUAGCAACAGCGGGCUGAGUGCCGGUCAGCAGGCGGUGAUAAAGGCCGCCCUCAGCAUCCUGGCCAACAAGGCCGUCCUCCUGGGCUGCCCGCUGCCUCGUCACGAAGUUGCCUUCGGGGGCGGAGCCUUCCCUCUGUCCGCCGUCGGCUCCUUGAAAGGAAGCGGCGGUGGCAGGAAGUGUCGCGACGGCGCCAAAUUGAGGCGAUCCAACACCAGCCCUCGCAAGAAGGGAAGUCCCGCCUCCAGCUGGGGCUCCUUUCGGGAAGGCUCAGUGUCCACCACUGAUGUCAGCUGCCUUGCUAACGGCAAAGUACACAGGGAGUCUUCAUCGGGUUUGUCCUUGUUCUGUGACGACGACACCGACCUGAUCCGAGAGCUGCAGUCCAUGUGUUCCAGCAGGUCAGAACCGGACAUCAGACAGAUCUCGGCGUCCAAAGACCACGUCAUCGUGUUCACCAGAGAUCCUGCUGUAGCUCCGCCCCCAAUGCCAGACCAGGAAGUAGCUCCCGGCCAACCAGCUCAGUCGACAGCCGCGCAGACCAGCGAGCGCCGGUCGGCCCCUCGGGCUAAAUCCCAGCUCCCCGUCCCCAGCAGGGGUCCGCAGCCUCGGGCCCCCACGGUCAGUAACAACAACAACAACAACAAGAAGGGCGGCAGCAGCAGCAAGCAAACGCCUUCCAGCUCCUGCAGAAGCGGCAGCAAAGCAAAGGUGGCGCCAAACAGCAGCAACCAAUCACACGAGGACAUCUGGGUCCCGCAUGACAACAAGUAAGACACACCCACCGUCCAGCCAAUCACACCACCACCGUUUGGCACACGCCCCUCAAUAAUACUACUAGGACUUUAUUGGUCAACAAUUAGUCUCCUCCUCUGCCCCGCCCCUUGAGGAAGGAGCAAUCAAAAUACGGACAUCAGGGUCUUGUAAAUGACCGACAAUUAGUAGACACACCCCGCCUUGCCCCGCCCCCAACCACACGGGUUUAGGAACUAAUUGAUGAGUCGACAAAUCGCAUUUGCUCCGCCUCCCACUUAAAGAGAUGCAGAUUUGAUGAUUAGACACUCCCCCUUUGCCCCGCCUCUCGUCACUCGAGUCCAAUGUCCCGCCCCUAUCACAGGAAGUAGACAUGACGACAGCUCCCUCUGCCCCGCCCCCUCCCUCCAGCUACCCUUUGACCUUUUGCUCUUUGUACUCGUGAUGUGCUGCAGUCGUGUUCUCGGGACCAGCGUCUUGUUUUCAUGCAGAGUAGGGGGUGGGGCCUCAAAGUGGGCGUGGUCACGUUGCAAAGUGUUGUCGUGCUUUGACCACAGGAAGUAGUUUGUGACGAUGAUGAUGAUGUACAGUAGUGUUUCUCAGUGGGGGGGGGGCAAAAAGUUGUAGAUGUAAGCCAUAUUAAACCCCGCCCCCCCCCCAGCCUCAGACCACGCCCCUUCAUGCGUCCCAUCAAUCACUGUGUUCUCUGUACGCUUUAUUUUCUGUGUAUGAAUCUAUAUGAAUAUAUCAAAUGUAUAAAUAUGUACAGGGGACGCUUUCAGAUGUCUUUUAAAAAGUUGUCUUUCAAGCACAAAAAUAUUAAAAUCUUUGAAAAAAAAAAAAA